AUGAGGGUGAUGGAGCUCUGCAAGGGCCAGGACUUGGUAGACUUUGUUCUUCGUUUUCCUGCUGGCGGCAUUUCAACUUCUUAUUGUCGCCGGCUGCUGCAGCAGCUGCUUCUUGCUGUUAACUUUCUACAUUCCUUUGAUGUCAGGAUCCUCCAUCGCGACAUAAAAUUAGAUAAUAUUGUAUUUAAAGAGGAAAAUAAAUCAGCAGCAGCAGCAGCAGCAGCAGCAGCAGCAGCAGCAGGAACAGCAACAGCAGCAACAGCAGCAGCAGCAGCAGCAACCACUGAUGAACCGGGGGACGUAGUGCUGCUGGACUUCGAUAUGUGUUUGCUGCUGCAGCAGCAGCAGCAGCAGCAGCAGCAACAGCAGCAGCAGCAGCAGCAGCAGCAGCAGCAGCAGGAAUCCCCUGAAGUUGCUGUCGUCGGCACCAGAGAAUAUAUGGCAAGCAAAUAUUAG